AUGGUGCACAGAGUCCUCUUCUGGGGCGGCUUCGGCGUUGCCGUCCGCGUUUGGCAGCUCGGCCUCGAAAUGCGACCUUUCUUCAACAGGGGCUCAUUAUGGGCCUACCCAGUUUUCGCGGGUGUUGGUGCGAGCUUCGGAUACUGGCUACAGGGCGUCGAUGAGCGACAGACAGCAGUCUUGGAGGAGCGCAAGAAAAUCAUCCUGGAGAAACGGGCAAGGAAAGCCGCCCGUGAUGCCGAAGCCGGAACCGUAUAA